UUUUAUCGCAUAGCCUACAGUUUAUGAAGUGAUAUGAUUAACGUUACUGAUUUGCGAUCUAAAUAAAAUAACAUAUUUCAAACCUACAGAUCAUUUGAUCUUCCUUUACUCCGCCCACAGUGGUAUCAUUUCCCAACAACCGCGAAUCGUUCUCUAGCCGUCACGAUAACGACAACAACUCUUGCCUUGAUCAUUUGGCUACUUUUCAUCAUGAGUAACAUCACCUCCUGCACAGAACCUCAGAACCUAGUUUCUUCCAUUUUAAAGCCUGUUGUCAUUUUGGAGUUCAUUUUUGGAGUGCCUGGAAAUGUGUUUGCUCUGUGGAUUUUGUUCUUCAAGUCUCCAUGGAAAGCCUGCAAUGUGUAUCUCCUCUGCUUGGUGAUAUCUGACCUGCUACUCCUCAUUGGACUGCCUUUCCAAUUAGAUUACCUCUUUCGUGGUGAAGACUGGAUAUUUGGCGAAUCCUGUUGCCGGCUCAUUUUAUACAUCAUAUCAGUAAACUACUCGGCAAGUGUGGCUUUCAUGUCAAUUUUAGCUGUGGACCGCUUCUUCAGGAUCCUUCACCCACACCAUCGCAUUUGUCGAAUGAGUGUGAGACAAGCUAUAAUGUUUGUUAGCAUGGUUUGGAUAGUUGUUCUACUCCUUCGCCUUCCAACCGCCCUGAACCUGGUUCUCACAUCACAGAAAAACUCUUCAAAGCUCACAUGCCACACUUUUCUCUCAUGGACAUCGCCGUCGGUUCAGAUGAGGAUAUAUAAUUCAGUCCAGCUGAUAGAGGUCCUGUUAGCAUUUGCACUGGUGGUCUUCUGCUUUGUGCGGGUUUCCUUUCACGUCCAUGGCCGCCAGUCGAAGGGGGCACACCGCAGGGUGAAGCGGGCAGUGAGAUUGCUUCUGUUUCUUGUGAUCAUAUUUGUUCUGUGUUUCCUGCCUACAGUCACUUCUGGCAUCUUCCUUCAAGUGUUAUCCUGUUCAGAACUCCUCAUGGUGUGUUUUCAUGCUUCUUUGGCUUUAACCUACAUGAACAGUGCACUGGAUUCAGUCAUCUACUGCCACGUUAAUGCUUGGUUUCGUGACACCCUAAAGGGCAAAACCAACUCAUUGGGAAUUACGAAGUUCAAGAUGAGUGCGAAAACGAACAGAAAACGUUAAUCUACCUGAGAAACUGUGUAUUGGGGGGUUAAAAUGUGUCUUAAAGGUACAUUUCAUAUAAAAAUGAAAAUUGAUUUAUUUCUCACCUACAGAUGUUGUCCCAUACCUAUAUGAUGUUCUUUCUAACACUUAAGAUAAUACUCUGAAGAAUGUUUUCUUUCUAUCUUUUGUGUUCUGCAAUAGUUUUUCUAUGACUCAGUGGUAGAGCAUUGCGUUAGCAGCACAUAAGGUCAUGGGUUCAAUUCCCAGGGAAUACUCGUACUGAUAAAAAAUGUAUAGCCUGAAUGCACUGUAAGUCACUUUGGAUAAAAGCUUCUGAUAAAUGUAAUGCUAUACUGUACACCUUUCUAUACUUUGAUACGUUUUCUGCCUGUAACAUGCAUCAAUUGCUUUUCGUAUUAUUACAGACAUACAAGCUGUACUGCGCUUUUUUUAUUUAGCAUUUUUCAGUAAAUCUUUGACACACAAUGAA